CUUUCAGCAAUCACGAUGACCAGAAGACGACGAACAAGCCGUGACACUGGCGGCGGCGGUGGUGCGAUGAUGGCUGGUCAUAACAAGCGGCAGGGAAAGGGGAGUAAGGAGAACCUCAAUGGCACGCAUGCCGCUGAGGAGAUGGUGGUGAAGAGUGAGAGUGCUGAGAAUGGCGAGGAGGUCAUCGACAAAGGUAGCAUCCGUUCGUACAUCACAAGGCUCGCAUCACCGAACCUCAAAGCCCUUCGCACACCCGGCAGGUCCAACAAGAAAUCACGACCAAAGCCCCAGCUGAAGGGCAGUCGGCGAAGUGGGCAGACGAGCGCAGUGACAGCGUCGCCAACAACAUCACACAAGACAGACCUUUCAAACUGGUCGACGCUGUCGCCGUUCCUGACAAAGAAGUGCGCAUCGCCCGGCAGCGUGAAGAAACAGCGGCAGCGCCGCCCAUCAACGUCCUCCACAUCGUCCUCAUCAAAGAAGAGCACGCCAUCGUCAGUGGCAUCAGCAUCAUCGAGGCUGUCGUCAACGCGCAAGCGGCGGCACUCGCGCGAACACGUGAACGCCGCAUCGCCGUUGUCAUCGCACCACGGAUCCCCGACCAAGCGCGGCUACGAAACACACCACGAGGUGUUCAUGCCAACAGAGGAGGAGCAGGAUUUGUUUCUCGAAGCGCAACAGCGCGCACUCGAGGUCAACAUGAAGCAAGCUGACAAAACUACGGGCGCCGGCAACAGCCAACCGGGCGUUGUUGAUUCGCAGCUUGAAUCUGUCGUGAUUGGUCGGCACGACAUCCCCGUGUGGUUUGUCUCCGCAUAUCCACAGGAGUACCAGAAGCAGAAGAGAAUAUACGUUUGCCAGUUUUGCCUGCAAUACUUCAAGACGCAAGAGCAGCUGGCACGGCACAUGGGCCAGUCGACCGCGUGCCACCCGCGCCACCCGCCCGGGGAUGAGGUGUACAGGCGCGGGAAACUCUCGCUCUGGGAAAUUGAUGGCGGGAAGAAGAAGGUGUACUGCCAGAAUCUGUGUCUGCUGUCGAAGCUGUUUCUCGAGUCGAAGACGCUGUGGCGGGACGUGCAGCCGUUUCUGUUCUACGUCCUCACGGAGUGGGACGACACCGGCGCCACCAUCGUCGGAUACUUCUCAAAGCGGGAGUCGCACUGCUUGAACAUGGACCAGCCUGGGCAGUGCAUGGUGACCGGCUCCUGA